ACGAAACUGGACGAGAUAUGGAGACUGAAUCCAUAAAAUCGGAAAACAGUUCACGAUCGAGACGUUCACGGGGGCACCGCGACCGCAACAACUACCGACAGCACUCCCACAGAAGCACCAGAAGCUCCAAGUCUCGCAAAAACGACGAGAUGGCGCCCUUCCAGACGGCCGUGACCCUCACCCCCGACAACCGCGACGGCCAGGAGGUCAUCGAGGUGCAAAUCCUGCCCCAGGACGACAACUGGGGCGAGAACACCACUGCCAUCACCGGGAACACGUCCGAGCAGUCCCAGUCGACCGAAGACGUCAGUAACUGGCCCGGUGAACCUGACACCGGGCUCUCCUUCGUCUGCCAAAGAUACAUGGGGACGGUGCUAACGUACAUCCUUUCAAUAGUUGCCUUCUUGAGCCCCUUAGCCAUGGUCGUAUUGCCAAAACUGGGGUUCUUCCCUGCGCUGUCCUCGCGGCUGGGACUCGCAGACAGCGCGAAAUUGUUAGCUUGCGGGGCCGAAUGUAAAGGCCAGUUGGUGUCGUUGGCGUUCAAAAUGGCCAUUUUGGCGGUCGGGGCCUGGGCUGUGUUCUUGCGCAAGCCGAAUGCGACCUUGCCAAGGUUUUUCCUGUUUCGGGCGGCUGUCCUAGCCUUUGUUUUAGUCUGUAUUUUCGCCUAUUGGCUGUUUUAUAUAGUUCAAGUGACCGAGACUGCGCGUGCCGCCACCACACCGGAGGAAACGGUGGAUUAUGAGGCCUUGGUGGCUUACGCCUUAAGUCUGACUGAUACGCUACUUUUUAUCCAUUACUUGGCUGUAGUUUUGAUGGAGAUCAGGCACCAACAACCGAUGUAUUACAUCAAGGUUGUGCGGAGCCCCGAUGGCGCUAGCCGCGCCUAUGCCAUAGGCCAGUUAAGCAUCCAGCGAGCGGCUGUUUGGGUCCUUGAAAAGUACUACACUGAGUUCCCCAUUUAUAACCCGUACUUGGAGCGCAUCCCGGUGUCAAAAUCGCGCAAAAACUCCUCAAGUUUCAAAUUUUACGAAGUGGAUGGUGUUAAUAAUUCCUCCUUGCAACAGUCGCAGUCACGGGCGAUGUUGGCGGCGCAUGCACGCCGACGUGACUCGAGUCACAACGAGCGCUUCUACGAAGAGCACGAGUACGAGAGACGUGUGAAAAAACGCAGGGCUCGACUGAUCACAGCCGCUGAAGAAGCCUUCACUCAUAUCAAACGCUUACAUAACGACCAAGUGCCUGCCAUCCCGAUGGACCCGCACGAGGCCGCCCAGGCCAUUUUCCCGUCGAUGGCACGAGCCCUCCAGAAGUAUUUAAGAGUGACGAGGCAACAGCCGAGGCACUCCGUCGAGUCGAUUUUGACUCAUUUAGCCAAUUGUCUCAGUAAUGAUCUGACCCCGAAAGCGUUCCUCGAGCAGUAUCUAGUGAGCGAGCCCGUUUUGCAAAAUGAUAAGGAAGUGAAGGAUGUGCAGACGUGGGCGCUGAUUUGCGAGGAGUUGCUAACGCGCCCGAUUGGAGACAAUACGAGCUUUCAGUUGAGGCAAAACGAUGUCUCGCUGCUUUGCACGAUUAAAAAGAUCCCGCAUUUUAAUAUUACGGAAGAGGUUGUUGAUCCGAAGAGUAAUAAGUUUGUUUUGAGGCUGAAUUCGGAGACCUCGGUAUGACCUAUAGUUUACGAUCGACUUAUUUAAGCACAUAUCGGUUUGUAGUAUUGUAUAAUUCGUGGUCAAGCGGUUAUUCUAUUCCUCCUUAAAUAAUUAACGUUAUUACAAGACUUCGUGUAACUAAUAGGGUGUAAAUAAUUUCCGUGGUUGUGUAAGACCAAAACGAAAUUUUUAUCAGUUUUAUGUGAUAUUUUUUGCAAUAAUGUUUAUUUCAGCUCAAAAUACUCGUAAUUUAUUUUUUACUCGUUUUAUGAAUGCACAAAGUGUAAAUUAUAGCACAAGUAAUUGUAAGGCAGGUACUUAAGUAUAGCGUCAACUGAUGUAGAUACAUUUAAGAGGUUUGAGUCCAAAGAUUCGGCAUGUUUGGACUGUUUGUGCCUAAAAUUUGUAAGAUAUGUCAGUGCAAUUUUUUCCGUAGCUCUAGCUUAUCUCAAAGGAUCAGUAUUCUAAAAAUGACAUUAAAUGUAGCCUUUUAUAUCUCUUUGUGUAUGUACACCGAUCUGUGACCGUGUUUUGAAUAA